UUAUGCCAAUGCGAUAUUUUAGUAUGGCAUUCAUCGUCCUGUAAUCUUGAUUUACACACUGAUAGGAACAACAUCCAUUCAUUCAUUGAAUAUCGGCGUGAAUUAAGCAUGUUGAUAUUUACAUAAUCAAAGGUGAUAUGAAAAUGGUAGACUUGGCUGCAAUGUUUCUGGACGUCUUCUCUGUGUUUGUUGUGUUGAUGUUUUUGAAAAUAGACGCAAACGAACGUUUACAGACAAACGAGUAUACGUACAUACACGGAGAAAAGAUUGGACAUGAUGUUAUAUACCAAACGAAAGCUCGUUCGAGGCUUGAGUGUUCGGCAGCGUGUGGAAAGGACAGCAACUGCUCGGCAGCUAAUUAUCAUCACUCAAAGUGUGAAAUCUUUACAUCAGUUAGGUUGGCCGACGGUCUUGGAGUAAUAGCUGCCAAAUGGACGUCGAUAUACAAACAAAUUGAUCUAGAUGGCAAACUCGGUUACAACGAAAACACACCAGCAGAAUCGUGCCAGGCUGUCCUCUCAAAAGACCCAACCUCCAAGGACGGCCAAUACUGGCUUAUUUUAGAAGGAACCUCAACGCUGUUCUACUGUGAUAUGACCACUGACGGGGGAGGUUGGACUCUUGUGUACAGUUACACGUUCAUUAAUUUCAACACCAUAGACGGCUCUGAAUAUGUAUCUCCGAGUGCAACGUGGACCUCUAAUAUCGGCAAGCUAACGCCCGAAUCAACAUCCGGGCCACCAGAGAGUGAAACUGAUUUCAAAGCUAUCGAUUUAUCUCUCUGGAAAAUCUUUGGUGAUAGCAUACUGUUCAAAUCCAAUAUUAUGAACUGGAUUAAGUGUAUUAAUGUCGAAGAACGGAUUUUCAAUAAAACCGAUGGUGAUAUAGCGUGUGAUUUGGUAAAACACGAUAACAAUGGCUGCACUGAUGUCCCGGGAUACUGGAAAUGUGUUAGCGAGUUCCCGGUGCUCAAAACAAGCGAAAAUGGACAUGUAAUGAUUUCAUUUGAUUGCGCAGAUUCACGGUAUAACGCAACACAUCAGAGCUGCCCAUUUUCUCCUUCUGUAAACAACGAACAAAAUCCACGGGGAAAUGUCUACAUCCGUUGACAUUGGUAAAGGAAAUAUUGGCAAUGAAGACUGGCUCCUAGGGUUCUUUGGAACGUAUUUUCCACCUUUUAAUUGUCUAAAAGCACCAGUGGGAAAUACGUUCCAAAGGAAAACCAGUGGUGGCUCGAACAGAACUAAUUAUGUUACAUUUGUCAGAAUAAUCAAGGAUUUGAUUUCCAACGAGGUCCAUCUUCACAUUGAAAUAUGUUCAUUCAUGAAUUAUCGACUAUACCCUCCCUAAAGUGAUUGUUAUAGCAGUAUUUUUAUCUUUAGAAGUUUGGACUCGAUGUGUACGUUUGGGUACUUCUUGGUACCCAUUCCCUAUUUUCAGUAAUAUGUCACGUGACUACAUCGAGAUCCGGAACUGAGAAUUCCUACAAGGUAUUUCUGGACUUGAGGAGAAUCCCAAAUAAUUCAUCAAAGUAAUAUUGGCUAUAGAAUUAGAUUUUACCAAAACGUAAACAUAUCUGUAGGACGAUUGUGAUUUAUUUAAAAUUCAUCCAAAGAUUGUUAAAAUUCAACUCAUGAUUUUUCAGAUAAACCAUGUUGUCCACGAUACUUCAUUGCUUUGGAGAAUUCUUGCCGCUUGCACAAAUUCGGCCUCGGAUUGAAUGACAGAACGGAUCAAUUACGACAUUAAAGAAACCCUCUUUGACCUUAACGUUAAGAUGAUAAUUGACUGUAUUUAGACGUGCUGCUUUCAUUUACAAUCACGCGAACCAACUUGAAAUAUCAAGAUAUGAGAUGUUGUCGUCAAUCGAAAGUAUACACGCAAACGAUUUUAAUUGUAAAACUGCUUGAACAAUGUUGCACAGCUAGAUAACAUGC